CUGGAAGAACAUAAGAAAAAAUGCGAGGCGCAUGCGCCAUCUGCAGCUUUUCCUCACCGCAUCCACGCUGCCGUGCGCUAGUUUUGAGGAGGCGGCGAGAGAAGCAGGUGAGAGAGGGAGAAAAGGUGAGAGAGAGAGCGAGAGAGACAGAGUCGGCAUUUUUUUCUCUCUCUCUUUGCUCCCGCUGGCACUGUGCGUAAAGUCGCACUGUUUGGAGAUAGUCGGCGCGGAAAGUUUUUUGGAGCAUACUGUGUGGAUUUUUUUAAUGCAUAUUUUGCGAGCUGGAUGAUUUAAGAUUUUGUAUGUUAAGACUUCUAAACCAAGCUGAGGAUUGCAGCUCCGUUUGUGUUUUCUUUUGUUUUUGUUUUUUUUCCUCCCACCCCUGCGGAAUGGAAGGUAAAUUGACAAGUCGUCUGUGGCGAGGAUCGCGGUGUGGAUCUUUCCACAGGUAAAAACGCGCUGAGACCUGAGCGCGUCACCGGCUGGAUUUCAUCUACAAGUCAACAUUUGGCACAAAUAGCACCCCCCAAAGUAAUCUUGAACACUUUUCACUUGAAUAGGGAAUAUAAAAUACGUCGAUCCCCUUCGAAGUCGUCCGAGUACAUCCUGAAGCUUGCUUCAACCAAGGGCAGUUUGAAUUGCGAAACUCUCAGCUUCUCUCCUGCAAACUAUCAGAAGCCCUUUCCAAGAGGUGCGGAUAAAACUGCACCUGAAAGGAAAUCUUAAAUCCACCUGGUCUGCACAAGGAUUAUUACAUUGCCUGCACAAAGUGGAUUACAACUUUGGCGCACUGUGCUCAGUGAUUGGCGGCAGCAUGAACCUGGGUCUUGGCUGUGUGUGUUGGCUGCUCUGCUGGCCUUUGGACUCCCGACACAGUGUGUUCGCCCUCACUGUCCUCACCCUCCUAAUGCAGGUGGUGGUGGAGGCCAAUUCCUGGUGGUCUUUGGCCAUGAACCCACUGCUGAUUCCAGAGGCCUACAUCAUUGGAGCUCAGCCGCUAUGCAGCCAGCUCGUGGGUCUGUCACAGGGCCAGAAGAAGCUGUGCCAGCUUUACCAGGACCAUAUGCAGUACAUCGGCGAGGGCGCCAAGACUGGUAUUAGGGAAUGCCAAUACCAGUUCAGACAUCGGCGCUGGAACUGCAGCACUGUGGACAACUCCUCUGUUUUUGGGCGGGUCAUGCAAAUAGGCAGUCGAGAAACUGCUUUCACGUAUGCCAUCAGUGCAGCCGGUGUGGUGAAUGCCGUGAGCCGUGCCUGCAGAGAGGGGGAGCUCUCCAGCUGUGGAUGUAGCCGUGCAGCUCGCCCCAAAGACCUGCCCCGAGACUGGCUGUGGGGCGGCUGCGGGGACAACCUCAACUAUGGCUAUAGGUUCUCCAAGGAAUUUGUGGAUGCACGCGAGCGAGAGAAGAGCUACCCCAAAGGCUCGUACGAGAGUGCACGGCUGUUGAUGAAUCUUCACAACAAUGAGGCAGGAAGGAGGAUUGUUUCGGACCUGGCCAACGUGUCCUGUAAAUGUCACGGCGUGUCAGGCUCAUGCAGCCUUAAGACCUGCUGGCUGCAGUUGGCCGACUUCCGCAAAGUGGGCGACGCACUGAAGGAGAAGUACGACAGUGCCGCCGCCAUGAAGCUCAAUUCGCGUGGAAGAUUGGUGCAGAUGCACAGCAAGUUCAACGCACCCACGAGCCACGACCUGGUGUACAUCGAGUCCAGUCCAGACUACUGCCUGAAAAACCAGAGCACAGGCUCCCUGGGCACAGUGGGACGCCUGUGCAACAAGACGUCCGAAGGCAUGGACGGGUGCGAGCUGAUGUGCUGCGGACGUGGUUACGACCAGUACAAGGCCCAGAUAGUGGAGCGAUGCCACUGCAAGUUCCAUUGGUGCUGCUACGUAAAAUGCAAGCGCUGCACCAAAAUUGUAGACCAAUUUGUGUGCAAGUGAGAAAUGGAGCGAUAUCUUCUACGCGCUUGCAGACGAUGGGCGUUUAGUCUGUACACGUCCAUCGGAACGACAAAGAAGACAGAGAGAGAAUGGAAGAAAGAAACUAUAUAAAUUAUAUUUAUAGAGUUAAACAAUUAUGCCAUUGCAAAAUGACUGACUUUUUCAACAAAAAAAUUUCAGAAACUGAAAAUAUCAUGAAAUAUUUAUUUUGAGAUGAUCUUUUAUUCUGGCCUUUUAAAAAAAAAAAAAAACUAACUCAAGUGCCUAAAACUGGGUUAAAGCUUACUAUUCCACCUACAUCCUUCUUGAUUUCACUAACUGCCCAACCAUUUUUCUUUUCUUCUCAGAUGGGUCAAGUUUAUUAGGAAAUUGGAUUGCAGCUUCCCAUUUCCUAACGCCGAUAGGUGUGUUUGAUUUGCAUAAGUGGUGCGAGAAUAGUGUAGCGAUGAGUCAUAAUGGCCCUUCACAUUUUCACUGAAGUCCGCUGGUCCCCUCUCAGCACAACAGAAUUUUGUUAGCCCUUUUGAGAACAGUGGGUAAACAGCAUGGCUGCUUUAGGGAUUGGGCCCUUAAAUUAAACCUUUCCAGAAGCCUUAGCAUGCUGCAACAAGCCCUCCACCAUUAUGCACUUUGAAGCUUAAAACAGUCUCUAUGUCUGUUUUUAUCGACGGCAUGUCUUCAGUAAAUGUAUCAAUAUUAUAAAGUAUGUUUCCAUAUUAAUGCAGAUUAUCCAUUUAACAUUAUUUUACAAUACGUACACGGUUCGACUAUAUAUGGGCAAUGUUGUGGUUACAUUGGUGAAAUAUUCCAUUUUUGUGUAUAUACUAUGUCUAUCCAAACAAUCAGUAACAUGUAUUUAUUGUCUUUAACCAGAUCCUCCUGUAAGCUUCUUAAAACACUUUUUUUUUCAUAUUGAUCAAUAUUUACUCAGACAUUCCCAAGGUUUGAAGUCACUUUUUUUUAAAGUUUUGGGCUCACUAAUGCAGGUUUUCACUGUUUCUUUGUAAAGGGAAAUGCACCUUAUUAUUUCAUAAUGGUACUUUUUUGGGCUCUUCUCACUUUCACAGAUGUUUAGCGAUGCCGCAAAUUUCCAGUACCAUUCACUUACCACUCACCAUCCCUGUGAUGAUUCUCCAUAGACACAGCAUAACCAUUUCAACCAGUUCCAGCAUUGUAUAUUUAUAAGCUUCAACAUGAACUUGAUGUUUGUUAAACUUGAUGCGUUAUAGCUGAUAUUUUGUUACUUUUUACAGAUUGGAUUGUUGCUCGACUUUGUUUCAAUAAAUACCAAUUGUAAAACUGGCAAAA